AUGAGUGAGGUUUCCAAAGAUUCCUUACGGAGGAUCCUGCUGCAGCUCGACUGCCAUUUUACUUGGAUGUUGCUGAAGGAGGACAUCAGUCCCAAGGACCUGGAGGAAAGAAUAGCGGAUCAAAUUGAAUUUUUGCCCUCCAAAUCCAAAAUCCAGAAUUACAAUCUUCUGGCCUACGUGAACCAUUUGAACGGUGAGAAAGAAGCUGCUCUGGAAAAUUUGCAGAAAGCCGAAGAGGCAGUGCAAACAGAGCGUCCAGAGGAAACAGAAAAAGCAAGUCUUGUUACCUGGAGCAACUAUGCUUGGGUGUACUACCACAUGGGCCAGCUUGAAAAGGUACAAGAGUACAUAAAGAAGGUGGAAUGUGUCUGCAAAGAAAACGGGAGCACCUUUUCUUAUAAAAUGCAGCUCCCAUAUAUUUACUGUGAAAAGGGGUGGGCGCUCCUCAAAUUUGGGGAAAAUUAUUAUGGAAAGGCCAAGGAGAGCUUUGUAAAGGCACUGCAGGAAGAGCCCCAAAACCCAGAAUUUAAUUCUGGCUAUGCCAUCACAAUAUACCGUAUGGAAGAUUAUUACGGGAAAAAAUCCUCAGCAGAAGGGUCGUCGCUGGAGCCCUUGAGACGAGCAGCAAGUCUGAAUCCCGAUGACCCUUUCGUUGUGCCUAUCUUUGCAGUGAAACUGCAGGAUAUUGGUCAACCUGAAGAAGGGGAAAAGUACAUUAAAGAAGCACUUGAAAAGAAUCCAGACCUUCCCUAUGUACUGAGGUAUGCUGCCAAAUUUUACAGGAGAAAAGGGGAUGUCAUUAAAUCCCUGGAGUUUUUGAAAAAGGCGUUGGGGUUGACCCCAAACUCCAGCUUUCUGCACCAUCAGAUUGGCAUUUGUUACCGAACGCAGUUCUUAAAGACGAAAAUGGGCAAAUGCCAAGCCAGAGAACAGAUGGAGGAGCUGAUCAGACUUUGUAUUUUUCACUUCCAAGAGGCGGCAGAGCACAAAACCAAGUUUGUCUACGCUUAUCUGGACCUGGCCGGCAUGUAUGUAGAAGCAAAACGUUUUCAGGAAGCAGAGGAAACGUUUCAGAAAGUAUUUGCGAUGACCAGGCUUCAACAGCACCUCCACUUCUCGUAUGGCUGCUAUCAGCUGUUCUCAAAAAAUUCAGAAUCGGAAGCUGUGGAACACUAUCUGAAAGGGCUGAAAAUUGAAAAAGAAUCCUUUCCAAGAGAAAAGUGCAAAGCUUCUUUGAAGAAACUAAUGGAAAAGAAAAUCAAGAAAAGUCGAGGAGACGCAGAGAGCUUUGGCAUCCUCGGAUUCAUUCACCAACUCAGUGGGGAAAGGCGACAAGCUGUUGAGUGCUAUGAACAAGCCCUAGAGAUGGACCCUGACAAUGAAGAAUACCUAAGCGCUCUCUGGGCCUUGAGACUUUCUUUACAAAGCUAAAC